GGAAAAACCCUUUGCAAUUUUGUUGCACAGCCACCCAAUUGUAUGUGUAAGAGCUGCAUUCUCAUUAUUCAUUCAAACAUUCUUUAGAUUAGCUUAGUAUCUAAAACAUCAGCAGCUGUUUGUUUUGGACUCUACUCAAUGACAUUUCUCCAAAGAAAUACUGUAGCAUGCAGCAACAAACAGCAAUGAGACAGGUAGGCUUGUGACAGGAAGGAUAUGUUGGAAUAGCUCGAGUUCCUCCUACACUACGCCACAUCCAGCAUAUCUCAUUACAUCUGCGUCAACAUGGCUGUCGUGUUUAAAUCUCAUGGUCCUCAAGUCAGCGUUGAAAUUGGUGAAUAUGAGCAAUUUCCAAAAAAUGAACAUGACAGCAAAACAGAAAAGACUCCACCAAGUAGGUUUGUUUUUGUAUGACUUCUUAAACCCUGAGCUAGCAAGGCUUGCUAGAAAAAAACACUGGGUAAAAGUAAAUGAAGCUGCUUGUUCAGUGAGUUUUAGUGAUGGAGGAAUGAUACUACUGUUGGAACGGCUAAGUGUUAGCUUUCAAACGCUGCUAAGUUAGGGCUGCCAUGGCGUGUGGGGCAAAUGUAUGGUUGGUCCAGUUGGGUUUACCAUCACACAACCAGUACUCACUGUGUGUGUGUGUUCACUGCUGGUUAUUGUUUGCCCUGUUAAAGAGAUGCCUUCCUUUAAGCAAGCUAAAGUGCCUCUUAACAUCUCCCCAGGGAGCAUGGGCCACACUACGGUAAUCUUUGAUGUCAGUGUAUGAGAGUUGGAAGCCCUGCUCGGUUUGUCACAUUACUGUUUCGUUGUAUGCAAUUAUUCAUGCUGGUCUCUGACUGCUUGUUGAAUUUCACUUCAAAAGCACUCAAGUCUCCCAAACAAAAUGCACUUUUAGCAAAGUAACACAUUUACAAAUACAAUGAACGCAUUUUGAAUCGUUUUUAGUUGGUAAUUUUUAAAGUAAAAUAAGGCAAAUGUGACAAAACGUAGUUGUUUUUAUACCUGAUUGGUGCAUUCAGUGAGGCCGAUUCAAAGAGAAAGUAUGUUCUCUUACUGGAAAUUCCAUAAUAAUGAUCAUGUUAGUUGAAUACUUUGAAUGGUCCAGAGUAAUUGAUGUUAAAUUCCAAGUCGAGCUGCAAGUCUUUGAUGAUAUACUCAAGUCCACACCCCUGGCUGUUACCAUAGCAACACAAAUGCACUGUGUUGGGUUGCUGUGCUUUUAAAAUAUGAAUUUAAGUGAGACUUAAUGUUUAAUUUAUUUCCGUAGGUGGUUAUUAUACCGUAUUUAUGUGCAUGUGUGUUGUACAGAAUCCAAACAUAUGCACGUGUUUCUGCUGGCCUUUGGAAUUCUCUGCGUUCUUCAAGCAGUUCUCAACAUCACCCUGAGACUGGGUCGCAGUGAGGCAGCUCCUAAAGUUGAGACAGGGGAGGGCUGUCCAAAAGACUGGCUCCUGUUCAGGUUCAGCUGUUACUACUUUUCCACGCGGAGGAAGAGUUGGGACGACAGCCGACAGGACUGUCUGCAGAGGGAUGCUGAUCUGGUCAUCAUCAACAGCAGACAGGAGCAGGCUUUUCUCACCGGAUUCACCGAGACAGCAUGGAUUGGAAUGUCUGACAGGGAUCAGGAGGGAAAUUGGAUCUGGGUGGAUGGAACACCAGUCAAAGACAAGCUGGAAUGGGCCCUUGGACAGCCUGAUGGAGCUUUUGGAGGCGAAGACUGUGGUGAACUUCGUACAAUGACGAAUUUCCUCGGUUUGAAUGAUUUUAGUUGCAUUACCAGAUCCCAGUGGAUCUGUGAAAAACCACUGUGAUAAUAAUACUUUGAUGUAUUAUCUACUUUAUUAUUAUUAUACUUAUUAUUGUUUGUUUGCUGUCAUUCUGAGAUCUGGAACCACCUUAUGAACUUCACUGUAACAUAAUCAGGAGGAACGUGAUAUGUCAAUGACCGAACGCCCAAAAAGCUGGAAACUAGACUUAGUAUCGAAGCUAGUAGCAAGCAAACGAGAGCACAGAAGAAGUGGCACAUAAGAGACGAGUCAGAACACAGGGAAACCAUGAGGAAGACUCUUGCAUCGCCCUGGUGAUGCUACAGGGUUUAUGAUUGAUUUCAUUAAUUGGCCUUACCCACCUGCCUCGUUGCUCUGCCCCCAGCCACCAGACAAAGCUACCUGCAAAACAAAGCAUGACAUGCAAAAAACACAAGAAAUACAAAAGUAAAGGUAUGGGUUGCGCCACAAGAACUUGUGUACUGACAUGCAAGCAUGCGGGUAGGGGGAGAGGUGUAGGAAAAACGAGGCAAGUCAACGGUUCCUGAGAAACCAAAGGCACCUGGUAUUGUUUUCCUGGGAACUAGCUCCUUCAACUAAAAGGUCCCUGUGGCCCUGUGUCGUUUGCAAUGAGAGUAUACUUCAGGGCAAGCUUAGGGCAAUUUAUUCAAAUCAGACAUAUGGGGGGGGGUGUAGUGUUUAGAGAGUGUAAAUCAACUUUUUUGUGUGUGUAAGUGAAUAAAAUACAAAGUCAUGCAGUCCAUGUGGGCGUCUGUUUCUAUCAGCGCCUGCAACAAACUUUUAAUUUGGUCAGUUUCAGAUUUCUGUCUCGCGCAGGGGUGUCCAAACUUUUUCCACCGAGGGCCACAUUCUGAAAAAUGAAAGGAUGCGAGGGCCACUUUGAUAUUUUGUAAACCAACACAUACUGUAGAGAUAUGUUAAGAUAUGCUAUGUAGCUCAAGAAGUUUUUUCCAUAAUAAUAUAAGUUUAUUCUUGUAAAAUUGUGACUUUUGUUCUUCAUUCGAUGAUAACU